ACCAAAAUUUGAAACCAACAAGCGAGAAAAAAGAAGAAGAAAAAAAAAUACACUAUAAGCAAUGUCUGCCGCCGAAGAGCAAAUGCAUCAGCUCAGAUCAGAAGCCACCGUGUUUCUCCUCAGAGAAGAAUGGAGAGAUUCUAUACACCUUUACUCUCAGUUAAUCGAUCUUUGCCAAGCUCGAAUUUUCAAUACCCAUCAAGAUCCCAACCCAGACCCAGAUCAUCUCUCCAAGCUCAACAAAUCUCUCUGUAUCGCCUUCUCGAAUCGAGCCGAGGCAAGGUCGAAGCUACAAGAUUUCACCCGAGCACUUCAAGACUGUGAUGGAGCACUUCGAAUCGAACCCACCCAUUUCAAGACUCUGUUCUGCAAAGGUAAGAUCUUACUUAGUCUGAACAGGUAUUUAAAUGCUUUGGACUGCUUCAAAGCAGCACUCUUUGAUCCCCAGGGUAAUGGGAAUCUCGAUAUUGUUAAUGGGUAUUUAGAGAAAUGUAAGAAACUCGAGUUUCAAUCUAGGACGGGAAGUUUUGAUCUUUCUGAUUGGGUCCUUAAUGGGUUCAAAGGAAUGCCUCCGGAACUUGCUGAAUAUGUCGGUCCGGUUGUGGUUAAGAGGUCUGAGCUUAGUGGUCGGGGCUUGUUUGCUACAAAGAAUAUCGAUGCCGGGACUUUGCUUGUCACCAAGGCUAUUGCGAUUGAAAGAGAUUUGGGAGGUCAAGAUUCAGCUGAAAAUGCACAGCUUGUUAUGUGGAAGAAUUUCAUAGAUAAAGUUAAGGAAGCUGUCUCAAAAUGCCGAAGAACACGGCUUUUGAUUAAUAUGCUAUCAACAGGUGAAGAUGAAGUGGAGCUUGAAGUCCCUGAUAUGAGUAUCUUUAGGCCUGAUAUUGAGUUAAAUGGCUGUUCAAAGGACCAGGAGCUCGAUAUGGAUAAGAUUUUAAGCAUUUUGGAUGUCAAUUCUCUUGUGGAAGAGGCUGUUUCGGCUAAAGUAUUAGGGAAAAACAGUGAUUUUUAUGGUGUUGGGUUAUGGAUAUUGGCUUCCUUCAUCAAUCAUUCGUGCAAUCCGAAUACGAGACGUUUGCACGUAGGGGACUAUGCUAUGGUUCACGCUUCUAGAGAUGUCAAGGCCGGCGAAGAGAUCACGUUCAUGUAUUUCGAUACGCUUUCUCCAUUUGAGAAACGUGCGGAAAUGUCAAUGUCGUGGGGAUUCAACUGCAAAUGUAGCCGAUGCAAGUUCGAAGGAGCUGCGGUUUGUCCAAAGCAAGAGUUGAGAGAGAUUGAGAUUGGCCUUGAAAAAGGGGUAGAUGUGGGAGGUGCAGUUUAUAGGUUGGAGGAAGGUAUGAAGAGAUGGGCAGUGAGGGGAAAAGGGAAGGGCUACUUGAGGGCCUCCUAUUGGCCUGCAUAUGCCGAGGUAUAUGGUUCGGAUAGGUCUAUGAAAUGGUGGAGCAGGCGGAUUCCGGCAAUGGAGGCUGUUGUGGACAGUGUAGUAGAAGUUGUGGGAAGCGAAGAGGGAGUAUUGAAGGCUGUUGCAAAAGGAUUGAAGAAAAGCGGUGGCGGUGGUGUGGUGGAAUUCGAGAGAGCAAUGAAGUUGGGAAGGGGGUUUUAUGGCAAAGUGAUAAAAAUACAAGCAAUGAAGACUCUUCUUCAGAUGGAAUUCAGGAUCAAAGCUAUUAGCUAAAUAGCCAUUGGAGAAACAAUCCUUUUGAUUUUAUAUUACUUUUUUUCUGUUUAGUCUGUUACAAUUUUUCAUCUAACUUGUUUUGCUGCUACAUUUGAUGUUACCAUGAU